UCUAGAAGAUUAAUCUUCCAGAAAUUUGUGAUCAGAGACUUUUCAAUUUUCUCAAUACCACACAAACAACCCUAACUUCGUCACCAUGGUCGAGUGGACAGAUGCUGAGCGCAGUGCCAUCACAAGCCUGUGGGGAAAGCUCGAUGUUGGCGAGAUUGGAGGCCAGUCUCUGGCCAGGCUUCUGAUUGUGUAUCCCUGGACUCAGAGACACUUCGGAUCAUUCGGAAACCUUUCCAACCCCGCUGCCAUCAUGUCAAACCCUAAGGUGUUAGCCCACGGCAAAGUAGUGAUGGGUGGGCUGGAAACUGCUGUCAAGAACAUGGACAACAUCAAGAACGCCUACGCCAAGCUCAGUGUGAUGCACUCUGAGAAGCUCCACGUGGAUCCUGAUAACUUCAGGACUCUUGCUGAAAUCAUCUGCGUGGUUGUGGCUGCCAAGUUCGGUACAGCCUUCACCCCUGCUGUCCAGGAGGCUCUGCAGAAGUUCCUGGCCACGGUCGUCUCCGCUCUGGGCAGACAGUACCACUAAAUGUCUGGAAUGGCAUUUCACAUUCACAAUAAAUUGAUGAGCAGCAGUCUUUUUGCAGUUUCCAAAAUGCAUAACUUAAUAUACUGAAGCUGUUGCAAACGGCAAAUAAAAUUCAAAAUAUUA